AUGAAACUUGAUAAAGGAGACCUAAAUCUAAAGUGGGCAAAUUUCUUGUUAACAUAUCGCAAUUCUGUAAAUCAAAGCACACAAGAAAGUCCUGCGAUGAUGUUUAUGAGCAGGAGUUUGCGAAGCAAGUUAGACUUUUUAAAACCGGAUAUAGACGGUUAUGUCGAAAAACAAAGAAUGAAACUCGCAACAUCGGAAUCGCGAAAUUUCCGAGAGUUUAAAGAAGGAGACUCAAUAAUGGCGCGAGACUAUAGGCCUACUUCAACCGAAAAAUGGUUAUCGGGUACAAUUUUAUCCCGCAAGGGACCUCUCAUGUAUAAAAUUGAUAUCGGUAACAAUCAAGUCUGGAGAAGGCAUGUUGACCAGCUACGGAAAUCAGAAAUGAAUAAUGAGCUUUCUCGCCGAGAAAGUUCACCGUUAAACAUGAUCCCGCUUAAUUUGUCAGAAAUGCCAGUUAUGACCGAGAGAAAUGACCCUUUGUUAGUAACUGGUAAUCCUGAGAAAAUGCCAUCAUUAAAUGAAAAUAAAAGAUCAGAUCAAAUGUUAAUGGAACGAAGAUACCCAUUGAGAGAACGCAAACCACCUAAUCGUUUCUCAUACUGA